GUUCCUCCUGGCCACGUCAGAACACCUCUGACUUUCUCACCCUGAUUACUCUUUUUCUCCAUGACGCUCAAGUUGUUUUCAACAAUGAAAAAUAAAACCACAUUGACUGAAUUCAUCCUUCUAGGUCUCACAGAUGUCCCUGGACUUCAGGUGGCAGUUUUCACUUUUCUUCUCCUUGCCUACUUAUUCAGCAUCAUUGGAAACCUGGCUAUCCUCUUUCUCACCUUAUUGGACUCCCAACUUCACACUCCCAUGUAUUUCUUUCUCCGGAACUUCUCCUUCUUAGAAAUUUCUUUCACAAACAUCUUCAUUCCCAGGGUCCUGUUCAGCAUUACGACAGGGAAGAAAAGUAUCAGCUUUGCUGGCUGCUUCACUCAGUACUUCUUUGCCAUCUUCCUUGGAGCCACAGAGUUUUAUCUUCUGGCUGCUAUGUCGUACGAUCGCUAUGUGGCUAUAUGCAAACCCCUGCACUACAUGACAAUCAUGAGCAGCAGACUCUGCACCCAGCUAGUUCUCUGCUCUUGGCUGGCUGGGUUAAUGGUCAUUAUCCCUCCAAUCACAUUGAUGAGUCAGCAGGACUUCUGUGCCUCCAACAGGUUAAAUCAUUAUUUCUGCGACUUUGAGCCUCUCCGAGAACUCUCCUGUUCUGACACCAGCCUCGUAGGGAAGGUUGUCUUUCUUGUGGCAUCUGUGACGCUGGUGGUGACUCUGGUGCUGGUAAUUCUCUCCUACACAUUCAUCAUCAAAACAAUUUUAAAGCUCCCUUCUUCCCAGCAAAGGGCAAAGGCCUUUUCUACUUGUUCUUCCCACAUGAUUGUCAUCUCCCUCUCUUACGGGAGCUGCUUUUUCAUUUAUGUUAAGCCUUCAACAAAGGAAGGGGGCACAUUCAAUAAAGGAGUAGCCCUGCUCAUCACUUCAGUGGCCCCUUUGUUGAACCCCUUCAUUUAUACCCUGAGGAACCAGCAAGUGAAGCAAGCAUUCAAAGAUACAGUCAAAAAGCUUGUGAAUCUCUAAUGAAUUUAAGAAUUGAACUCUUAAUGUGUACCAAGCUCU